UCGCUAGCAAAAAUGGCGGCGGUCACUUGUAGCAAGUUAUUUGCAGCGGCAAAGACUUCAAAUAUCUUCUCUCAGGUUAGCAUACGUCUAGCCACUGCUGCUGCCGCUGUUCAAGAGAAACCAAGAUUAAAGAAAUUCUCAAUUUACAGAUGGGACCCGGAAAGCCCUGGCAUGAAACCAAAGAUGCAGGAGUAUGAGGUAGACCUAAACAACUGUGGUCCAAUGCUGUUGGAUGCCCUUGUUAAGAUCAAGAAUGAAGUUGACCCGACCUUGACCUUCCGGAAAUCGUGUCGUGAGGGAAUCUGUGGGUCGUGCUCGAUGAACAUUGAUGGUGGAAACACUCUGGCAUGCAUCUGCAAGAUCAAUGAAAAUGUGGGCAAAACCACUAAAGUCUAUCCAUUGCCGCACAUGCAUGUCAUUAAAGACCUCGUCCCUGAUUUCAGCAACUUCUAUGCGCAGUAUGCAUCCAUCCAGCCGUGGCUGCAAAAGAAAGAUGAAGCCAAUAUUGGCAAGGAAGCUUACCACCAGACUGUCGAAGAUCGGGACAAACUGGAUGGAUUAUAUGAGUGCAUCCUGUGUGCAUGUUGCUCGACUUCCUGUCCCAGCUACUGGUGGAGUGCAGACAAGUACUUGGGUCCCGCUGUGUUGAUGCAGGCAUAUCGAUGGAUCAUCGAUUCGAGGGAUGAGGAGCGAGCGAAGCGUUUGUCGCAGAUGAGGGAUAAGUUCACUGUCUACCGCUGUCAUACCAUCCUCAACUGCACUGCAGCUUGCCCCAAGGGUCUGAAUCCGGCUAAGGCCAUCGGUGAGCUAAAGUUGAUGAUGAACGAGUUAUAAUUCGUGUAGCCCUGUGGCAACUCAAGUCGACAAGUUUUGAAGUGGCUCCCAGCACAAUGUUGUACGUCCUGCAUACACAUCUGCGUGGCUAGUUGUUGACGAUGACAAUGAGUAGUACUGUAGUAGUAGAAAUGCUUGAAAUUAAUAAAUGUUUUCCAACCAAAUAUGUGGAACAACGUUAGGCAGUAACAUGCGAUUGUUUAUGUAUGGAUAAAGUCGGUUACCUGUAAGCGAAUACUUGUUGGAUUUCAUCCUCAAUAUUUGAUCUGAACCUAAGUGGUGCCGGUGCCAUUGGUGAUUUUUGCAGCUGAAUAUAACUGCAUGCCAUGAAAUUCAUUUUGUAUGGAUAUACAGUACAUACCUGAUGCACUAGUCGUCUUAGUUGGAUAGUAGAUUUAAAAUGGCUGUUUCUUGAAAAAUCUGUUUGCAUUUUCCACACCCGGUAAUAUAAAUUAUGUAUUUAUAGUAAUAUCACAGCUAAUAAAGUUGUGAUGAGUGUCGACGUGUUUGCUGUUACAUGUGCUUGCUCAUGUAUUUCGAUAAAUACACCAACAGUGUAGAUUCUUAUCUGCAAUCUCAUAAACUCAGUUUACCAUUAUGCUGGAUGAAGUAUAUUUUCAAGUCUGUUAAUGUUAUAUUAAUCGGGCCUCGAAUAAAACAUUGGUGGUCAAAGUUUCAACAAAAAAACGGAAGCUUGAGUGGGAUGGGUCGGUGGCAUGGUUUGGUUCUUACUUGUGUGUGUGUGUACAUUUAGCAGAUCCUAGCACUGGCUUUAACACAUUUCUAUAAGUUCAGAUUGAGUGGUGAAGUGGUACUAGUGGCACACAUAGUAAUCUGGUGUAUGUGUAUGUCGAACAUUUCACGUUAUGCUGUUUUCAGUUAGCAGUAACCUCUAGAAAAGCAUUUUUGUUUAGAACUGUCAUUGAACGUGGUUAGCGUAGCUGAUUUCAUGUUUCCACGACACAUGACGAAACUUGUUAUCCCAUGAUGUAAUAAAUGUCCGAAAUUAUUCUGACUGUUGUAGGAAA